UUGGCUGUCGAGAGCGCGCACGCUCUACGUCGGGAGCGAGUUUGGAGGUAGAUGGGCACCGAGACGCUGCUAUAUUGAUCCCAGGAGCCAUGCUGUGGGCAGCGGGGUCGGUUGUGAGGAGGUUCGGCACCUCGGCGAUUAAUUACCAGAAUAAGCUCAAGGUAGCUCUAAUUGGCCAGAGUUUGUUUGGGCAGGAGGUUUACAGCAGCCUGCGGAAAGAAGGACACAAAGUAGUUGGUGUAUUCACUGUUCCUGACCGUGAUGGAAAAGCUGACCCUCUGGCGGUUGCUGCAGACAAGGAUGGUGUCCCGGUCUAUAAGUUCCCCAGAUGGAGGCUGAAGGGGAAACCUAUUACUGAUGUUAUUGAAGCCUAUAAAUCUGUCGGAGCAGAGCUAAAUGUGCUUCCGUUCUGUAGCCAGUUUAUCCCAAUGGACGUUAUUAAUUACCCUCAGCAUGGAUCAAUAAUCUACCACCCGUCACUACUUCCUCGCCACAGGGGUGCAGCUGCUAUAAACUGGACUCUUAUUCAUGGAGAUAAGAUGGGAGGUUUCACCAUUUUUUGGGCGGAUGAUGGAUUGGACACAGGGCCCAUUCUGCUGCAGAGGCAAUGUGAUGUGGACCCAAACGACACCGUGGACUCGCUGUAUAACCGCUUCCUGUAUCCUGAGGGCAUAAGUGCAAUGGUGGAGGCAGUCCAGUUGAUUGCUGAUGAGAAGGCGCCUCGCAUCACUCAGCCUGAAGAAGGAGCAACGUAUGAAGGGAUCCAGAGGAAAGAGAAUUCCAAGAUUUGCUGGGACCAGUCAGCAGAGUCCAUCCAUAACUGGAUCCGUGGUCACGAUAAAGUUCCUGGAGCAUGGACAUUCAUCGAUGGGCAGCCUGUCACUUUGUAUGGUUCGUCCCUGUAUAAAGGUGUGGUCCCUUCAGGCCAGCCGUUGGAGAUCGAUGGGGCCAGCAAGCCUGGCCUGGUAACCGCUAAUGGACUGGUGCUCUUCGGCAAUGAUGGAAACAUGUUGAUGGUUAGAAACCUUCAGUUUGAAGAUGGGAAGAUGAUUCCGGCCUCCAAAUAUUUCUCUGCUGGUGAUGCAGUCACUCUGGAACUGACAGACGAAGAGAAGAAAAUUGCUGAAGAUAUAAGGGCUGUCUGGAAAUCCAUCCUCAGCAAUGUUGCUGUCAUUGAGGAUUCCACAGACUUUUUCAAGUCUGGAGCAGCUUCUAUGGAUGUGGUCAGGUUGGUUGAAGAAGUCAAACAGAAAUGCAGUGGCCUCCAGCUGCAGAACGAAGAUGUUUAUAUGGCAACUAAGUUUGAGGAUUUCAUCCAGAUAGUUGUGCGAAAGUUGAGAGGAGAGGAUGAGGAAGUGGAGCUGGAGGUAGAUUAUGUUACAAUGGAUGUAAAUAACAUGACUGUGAAAAUGCCUCACCAAUGCUUUAUUGAUGGCCGUUUUAUCAACUCCGAGGACGGGAAGACCUAUAACACCAUCAACCCUACAGAUGGCUCAGUGAUCUGCCAAGUGUCCUAUUCCUCAGUUGCUGAUGUUGAUAAAGCUGUGGCAGCAGCUAAAGAUGCAUUUGAGAAUGGACAGUGGGGGAAGAUGAAUGCACGAGACAGAGGGAGACUGUUGUAUCAGCUGGCAGACCUGAUGGAGGAGCACCAGGAGGAACUUGCCACCAUCGAGGCCAUUGAUUCUGGGGCUGUCUACACUCUUGCCCUGAAGACACACGUUGGAAUGUCCAUCCAAACAUUCAGAUAUUUUGCAGGAUGGUGUGACAAGAUUCAGGGCUCUACGAUCCCUAUUAACCAAGCACGUCCCAACCAUAAUUUAACAUAUACAAAGAAGGAGCCUCUGGGGGUCUGUGCUAUCGUCAUUCCCUGGAAUUACCCCCUCAUGAUGCUGGCAUGGAAGAGUGCAGCCUGCCUAGCUGCGGGAAACACGUUGGUGCUGAAACCAGCACAGGUGACUCCACUCACCGCGUUGAAGUUCGCUGAGCUGGCUGCACAAGCUGGCAUUCCAAGGGGAGUCAUCAACAUCCUCCCUGGCUCAGGUGGCCUGGUGGGACAGCGGCUGUCCGAGCACCCUGAUAUCCGCAAGCUGGGCUUCACGGGAUCUACCCCCAUUGGUAAACAGAUCAUGAAGAGCUGUGCUGUCAGCAACCUGAAGAAGGUCUCCCUGGAGCUGGGCGGCAAGUCUCCCCUCAUCAUCUUCAAUGACUGUGACCUCGACAAGGCUGUGAGAAUGGGUAUGGGAGCCGUUUUCUUCAACAAGGGGGAGAACUGCAUUGCUGCGGGCCGCUUGUUUGUUGAAGAGUCGAUCCACGACAGCUUUGUUCACCGAGUGGUUGAGGAGAUCAAGAAAAUGAAAAUCGGCGAUCCCCUGGACAGGUCAACAGACCAUGGACCACAGAACCACAAGGCCCACCUGGAGAAGCUGCUGGAGUACUGUGAGAUUGGGGUUAAGGAAGGAGCCACACUGGUGUACGGGGGCAAGUCUGUCUCACGACCUGGCUUCUUCAUGGAACCGACGGUCUUCACUGAUGUGGAGGACGACAUGUUUAUUGCCAAAGAAGAAUCCUUUGGGCCAGUGAUGGUCAUUUCCAAGUUCAAAGAUGGGAAUGUGGAUGAAGUGUUGCAACGUGCAAACAACACGGAGUUUGGUUUGGCAUCAGGACUUUUCACAAGGGACAUCGGGAAGGCGAUGUACGUGAGUGAUGGGCUUGAUGCUGGGACCGUCUUCAUCAACACUUACAACAAAACUGAUGUGGCAGCUCCUUUUGGAGGCUUCAAGCAGUCCGGGUUUGGAAAAGACUUGGGUGAGGAGGCACUUCAUGAAUAUCUCCGAACCAAAGCCGUGACAGUGGAGUAUUAGGCCCUCGUUUCAACAAUGUCUUCAUUUCCACUGGCCCUUUGGCUGAACAUCAGCAGAAGAGAACUUGAGGAUUCUACUAAUGUGUAACAAACUCAGCACAUACAGGCAACUGUAUCCUCUUGUUCAAUGUUCAAAAACUAUAGCUUCUAGUUGCAGCUUAGCUUGUACCCAAACCUUGUGUAUUGUGCACUGGGUUACAGGUGUAACAUUCGGCUUCUCAGUGACGAACCCCAUGAUGAAGCUUCUUGAGUCCAACUCGGAAGUUUGCUUUGAUUGGUGAUCUGGCCAUUAAUAAUGAUGUAAAUUGUUGCAGUUUCAUAAGAUCUUUUCAGAUGAAAAUUAUGUAUGUAUCAAUUCACAAAUCAAUGUUUGGCAAUGUUUAGAAUUUUAUUUUUCAAAAUUCCUCGUAUUCCUUGGUGACUAAGGGCAGUGAUAUGGUGCAGUUGUAUCAUUGCAGUUGAAAAUGUGUUUAUCAACAGGAGAUCAGAUCAGACCAGCUGAGCAGUAAAUAACUGAAGCAACUAAAGAGAGUCAUUUGCUAGUUGCUGGAGUUCUAACUAUUGAAAGGAAAGGGAUUUGAAGCUCAGUGGUUGAGGCUGUGGCUGAAAGCCGAAACAAGACAAGCUGGCUCUGUGCGCUAAUUUUUGGGCAAACUGUGAAAAGAUCUGAACCAUCCAGCAUCUCCACAUUGUAUUCUACCUGCCAUCCUUUCAGUAUGUAAAUUAAUAAAUGUUUAAAAAGUAAUCACUUGGUACAGAUAAAAUGGCUGAAAAAGGUACAUCAAGUUAUAACCAUGUAUGAAUGCAGGGAAAUGCUUGCUCACAUGUUGUCUGUUCAAAUGUUGCUUUUAAAUUCAUUGGAUAAUCACAAUGAAGUACCCUUAAUUUGGAUUUGUCUUAGCAAGUGUAGAAGUCACCAUGACCUAUGCACAUUUGAUCUAUGCACAUAAGCUUCAAAUCAGAAUAACUGUCACAUUCUUGUACUUCUGCAUCUGAACACUUGCCCUCUCUGGGAGCAGAGCUUGGAGGACACAAAUGGUGGUUAUAUAUUACAGUGAAUGUAGAAUCUGAUAUCUACAUCCAGUAUGCCACUCUGACAAUAAUUGCAUAGAGUAUUGAAUUGUUUUGUUGAUGAAUGUUUGGUUCAUUUGUAUGUGAAGUGCUGGGCCAGUACUGUACCUGCCUUACUGGUCCAUUGGAACCCAGCAAACAGCAACAGGUGCUGCAAAUAUGAAGUAUUAAAAAACAGCGGGAGAUACUGGAAACAUGGUAACACUUGGGCAGCGUGUGAGGCAAGAGAACCGGAUUACUGUUUGGGGUCAGUGCCUUUCAUUGAGCAUGGGAACAGAGGAAAUGUUACGCUGGAGCAGGGAGCCAGAAUCCAGGUGAUAGCAGAAUUGUUGGUGUGGUCUGAGAUGUUACAGACUGUAUUCACUACUCUGUCACUAUCCUCAGAGCUGUGCAACCAGGCACUGCCUCUCUUGCCUACAGCCACGAUUUAUUAGGGAAGAGUGGGGGAGGCUAAUAAGGGAAAAGUCUUGUGGAAUAUUCCAUUCUUGGUUGAUGGAAACUAGUGCAGGAAAUUCACUGACCCAGUGUUACCUGCUGCUAGUGAAAUGGUGAGUGCUGUUACCUGUUCAAAUGGAGCCAGCUUCCUCACAGGUGCAGGGAGCUGUGCGUGCCUCUCCAGGACUCUCCCAAUGUCCUUUAAUGUAUGCUUCAAAUUCUAUCGUGAGAAGUUAUGCAUCUAUGUGGAAAAAAAUAAUUACAGUCCUAAUUUUAAAAUGUAUUGAUUUUAUUUUACUACAAGUAAAGCUUCGCACUGCA